AUGGAGUUGGUGAAUUUUGGAAAGCGAUCUGAUCACGAGCAGCGGGGUCGAUGCCGUUGUCGGCAGGCAUCCUCUCCUGACGACGUAGACGGGACGACUCACACAUCCUUCACUCACCGUCGAGAACACCUGCGUGGCAUUUCAGUGCAAGUAACAAGCAUACUAGGUAAGUACAAAAAACGAUCGAGCAGAACGCUAGACGCACGCGCACAGGGAACAAGCAUUUUACAACACAACAUCAGACGCAGUAUAACAGCAAUGUCAAACGACACAAGUGUCCUCAGUCCAGAUGACCGACAAAAGCUCUCUGCAAAGUUCAAAGACCUUCCAGCGAAUGAGCAUGGCAAGGGUUGGAACGAGCUCUGGAAACAGGGCACUACACCCUGGGAUCGAGAUAUGCCGUCACUGGCUCUGGUUGACACGCUGAAGAACAAGAGCGCAAUCUUGGGCACAGCAGUCGACAAGAGCACGGAAUCGCGAAAGCGUGUCUUGGUGCCAGGUUGUGGGAAAGGAUAUGAUGUGCUCCUUUUUGCAUCGCAAGGCUACGAUGCUUUCGGUCUUGAUGUUGCGCCUGAAGCCGUCGAGCGGGCUAAUGUGCUAAUGAAGGAUCCGAAACUGGCUGAGAAGUAUCCGUCGAGUAGCAAUGACCGUGGAGACACGAAGGUGUUCCUCGGUGAUUUCUUCAAGUCCGACUUCCUGGCCCAGACUGGUGGAAAGGGCGACUUCGAUGUCAUAUAUGACUACACAUUCUUGUGUGCACUUCCGCCAUCGUUGCGACCCUCGUGGGCGAAACGCAUGGGUGAAUUAUUGGCGCCGUCUGGUCAUCUUGUAUGUCUCGAGUUUCCGCUUGGGAAGGAACCGAAGACUGGUGGUCCACCUCAUGGUCUAUCACCAGAGCUCUACGAGCAGUUGCUCAAGCGCCCAGGUCAAGAGGUGGAAUAUGAUGACGAUGGAUAUGUCGUAGAUGGUCGCGAUAGCGAGACUUCAUCGGGUGGUCUCGUCAGGAUCGAUCGAUGGAAGGCGAAGCGGACACAUGCGCCUGGUCAGGGCAAAGACCAUGUCUCCAUCUGGAUGCACGCGUGA